AUGAUGGUAGAACAUAGGUUCCCAUCAUCGCCCACUGUGGCCGAACAGAGGUUCCCACAUGAGCAAGACGUGGUCGAGCAGGGGCUCCCACACGAGUUUGUGGCGUUCGGGCAGAGGCUCCCGCAUUAUGCGUCGAAGGACGAGUAUGGACUUCUCCCGUCGCGCGGUUUCGACGUCCUGGAUGAGGACAUCCAGCGUCUGGAGGGGGGGGGGAUGCAGAUUUAA